AUGUUCAGAUCAAUUAGACUACAACCAUUGAGAUCUUUCAAAUCUUAUUCUCAAAGAUUUGGUUCAACUUUAGCAUUCAUUGAAGCUCAAGGUGAUUCAAUUUCUUCAGCUUCUUUAUCAAGUUUAAAUGCUGCUAAACAAAUUGGUAAUCCAAUCAUUGCCAUUUUAUUAGGUUCAUCUGCUAAAUCAGCUGCAGAAAAUUUACAAAAAAUUGAUGGGUUAGAUAAGAUUUUAUUAGCUUCAAAUAAUGAAUUUGAUCAUAAUUUACCAGAAUAUUUAUCUCCAGUUUUAACAAAAUUAAUUCAAGAUGAAUCAAAAGAUAUUUCACAUUUCAUUACACCUGCAACUGCAGUUGGUAAAAAUAUUUUACCAAGAAUUGGUGCUUUAUUAGAUUCUCAACCAGUUUCAGAUAUUAUUAAAGUUCAAGAUUCAACUACAUUUGUUAGACCAAUUUAUGCAGGUAAUGCUCUUACAACUGUUAAAUCAUUAGAUUCAAAAGUUUUAAUCUCUGCUAGACCUUCAGCUUUUGAUCCUGUUCAAGCUUCAGGCUCAAAUUCUUAUCCAAUUGAAGAGUUAACUCCAGAAGUUGAAUCAUCUUCAGUUGAAUGGGUUUCAGAAAAUUUAGUCAAGAGUGAAAGACCAGAUUUAUCAUCUGCUAAAUCUGUUGUUGCAGGUGGUCGUGGUUUAAAAUCAAAAGAAAAUUUCGAUCAAUUAAUUACUCCAUUAGCUGAUGCUUUAGGUGCAGGUAUUGGUGCUACAAGAGCUGCUGUUGAUUCAGGUUUUACUGAUAAUUCAUUACAAGUUGGUCAAACUGGUAAAGUUGUUGCACCAGAUUUAUAUGUUGCUGUUGGUGUUUCAGGUGCUAUUCAACAUUUAGCAGGUAUGAAAGAUUCAAAAACCAUUGUUGCUAUUAAUAAAGAUGAAGAAGCUCCAAUUUUUAAUGUUGCUGAUAUUGGAUUAGUUGGUGAUUUAUUUGAAGUUGUUCCAGAAUUAACUGAAAAGGUUAAAUAA